AUGGCGGAAAACGACUUUCAAGACACAACUGACAUUAUUAUAUGCGGCUGUGGACCAACCGGUGCUAUGCUGUCGGUGCUAUUGAGUCAAUACUGCAUCCCUCAUGUCAUCCUCGAAAAAGACCUCGAGGUCAAUGCUGAUCCGCGGGGAAUCGCACUUGACGAAGACGGUAUACGCUGCCUUCAAGCAUGCGGUAUUUACGACAAGAUAUUUACAGAAAUUGGGCAAUGUAUGGAGAACUUUAAAUUUAUCGGAAAGAACCACACAGACCUCAGUAGGGAACCGUUCCUAAUGAUGAACUAUGGCACAACCGAGGGAGGCACCGGACAUCCGGGCUUCAUGUGCCACAAACAGCCUUGUAUUGAAAAGAACCUGAGGUCUCAGAUCUGUGCCCUCGGUGCAGCCAAGCUACUCUUAGGUGCAACAGUCAACUCAAUAACUGAGGACCAGGACUGGGUCUAUGCACGUUAUACCAACAAAUCGAACCAAACUCGUGUCGUUCGGGCCAGGUUUCUUGUCGGCGCGGAUGGCAAGACGGGAUUUACACGCAAGCAAUACCUUGAGCCUAAAGGCGUUACCAUGGACCAAGCUUUAGACGUGCCAUAUGAGCAGGACUGGGUAGCCCUCAACUGGGAAAUCACUCUUCCAACGCCGUCAACACACCCUGAUUUUCCGCUCUGGGAAAAGGGUUAUAGCCCGCAGCAAGUCUAUGAUGAAUUCUUUCCUCGGGACUUUCGGUUCUUGUGUAAUCCUGUCCGUGCUGCAGUCUGCGGCCGCUUUGGGCUCAAUAGUGAUAGAUUGUGGCGUUUCGAGUUUGUCGUCCUCGAUAGGGAGAACCCAACUGAGAUGGCUAAGGAAGAGCAGGUCGCCACAAUCGUCCACCCAUAUAUUACUCAUCCAGGCAGCCGAUAUGGUAUCAAUGACAAGACGAUCACCUACCCGUUAGACUGCAUCAAAGUUCUUCGAUGUCGGCCAUUUCGGUUCUCAGCAAGAAGCUGCAACAAAUGGUCUCUUGGUCGGGUUAUGCUUUGUGGGGACGCUGCCCACGUGUUUCCGCCCUUCGGUGGACAGGGAAUUGCUUCAGGCUUCCGUGAUGCUAUAUCACUAGCUUGGCGGUUGCGUAUAGCCGUUAAUGGAUCUUCUAGGGCCGAGUUGGCCUUUCAGAAGCUACUACAAGGAUGGUAUUCGGAACGAAAACAGCAACUCGACAAGUCACUCCGGUCAACUGUCGAAAAUGGAGAAUAUGUGACCCAGUCCAACGCCAUCAAAGCUUUCCUACGCGAUUUUUACUACUAUCUGACACAACUAGUCCCCAGCUGGAAACACCGGUUAGAGCUAGGAAAUCGGAGAGACGGCAUGGUCAAGUACCAGUGGCAUGAGGGGACUGGGAUGGCGUUUUUGCCUAGCCUUGGCGGAGGCGUCAUGUUCCCUCAGGUUUACGCAACCUCUACCACCGAUACCUCCACAAGCAAAUCUGUCUUCUUUACCGACGACAUUAUUUUCAGUCGGCAGAAAAAGGGGAUUUUCCAAGUCGUCGUACUAUUGCAGCCAGGCCAAAGUUUGGGAGACAUCAAGAAUGCCUUGGAUGGUCUCCAAGAAGUUUCGGCGGGGGCUUUGCAAGAUGGAGAAGCAACCUUGUUCCUAGGCAGCAUUAGCGCAUCGACUUCCCAUUUGAAGGGCCCGUCUAUUUAUCGAGUUGCUAGUGCCGAGGAGUUUGCUCGGGACGCAAGACUAUGUGUAGGGCGACCCGAGCCUGUAGGAUAUGAUGCACGCAGAAUGUCAAGGGAAGUAGGCUCAUCACAAGACGUUGACCAAUACAUCAUAUCUUCAAAUCAUAGCAGCGACCUUCCCUACGAGAUCACAAUGACCAGCGCUCCAACUGCCCCAAGAUUCAAUGCUGGCGCCUCAGUGCUGGACAGCGAGGCCAACGAGCCCAGUGGACAGAUUACGACCGCCGAGUGGCAGCAGAAACGCGGUAUCAGUCCAUCGGAACAGAUCCGCACAACUCGGCUGGUGCAUAUGCGUUACCAGCACCCUGACUUUGAAAGUAUUCGAACCUUUCUCUAUGACUUUGGCAUGGUUCCCGCCAAGGAGACUGAGAACGCGAUUUGGUUCCGAGGUUAUGGGGUUGACCAGUAUGUCUACUAUGCGCAGAAGGGGCCCAAACAGUUCCUGGGUGGAACAUUCGAGGUUGAGACUUAUGGUGAUCUCGUCAAAGCCUCCAAACUCGAGACAGCUAGCCCAAUUCAGGAGUUAGUUGACGCGCCAGGUGGCGGCUCGUUGGUGACUGUCUAUGACCCCGAGGGCCUGCCAAUAAAUUUCAUCUACGGACAGGAACCUGCUGAAGUGGGAAAGAUGCCCGAAAGGCUUAUAGUCAACUUCGAAGAUGACAAGCCACGUAAACGAAGAUUCCAGCGGUUUAGCGAGGGACCAGCCGCGGUGCAUAAGCUUGGUCACUACGGACUCUGCGUCCAAGAUUUCAACAAGGAGCUUGACUGGUACACUCGAAACUUCAACUUUGUACCCACCGAUUUGCUUUACGUCCAAGACAGCAGCAAGAACAGGCGUGAAGUAGCACUCUUUGCUCACAUAGACAGAGGGAACGACUGCGUUGACCAUCACACCAUUUUCCUAAGUACUAUUGAAGCAGGUCGGGAACCCCAUGUGCACCACUGCUCCUUCGAAGUUCAUGACUUCGAUACCCAGAAGCUGGGCCAUCAGUGGCUAGCAAAAAAGGGGUAUAGAAGCGUUUGGGGCGUUGGACGUCAUAUCUUGGGAAGCCAGAUUUUUGACUAUUGGUGGGAUACUACAGGGAACAUGAUUGAGCACUAUGCGGAUGGCGACUUGGUCAAUAAGGAUACGCCAAUUUCUUAUUUACUAGCAGGAAAUGAAAGCCUGGCGGUCUGGGGCCCGGAAGUGCCAGAUGGCUUCCUUGAUUAG